AUGACGGCCAGGCCUUUUCCCAGGGUGGGUUCGAGCUACAAGGGAACCAAAUCCUCAUCCCGCAGACUGGGCUCUUCUUUGUUUACAGCCAGGCUUCAUUCAGGGAUCAAGUGUAACGGCCCGGGCGAACAAACCACUCCUCUGAGUCACGUUAUUUGGCGCUAUUCGGACUCCAUCGGGGAUAACGCUAAUCUUCUUAGCGGGGUAAGGUCAGUGUGUCAACGAAAACUACGGUGAUGCUGAGUCCAAUAUCGGCGAGGGCUGGUACAAUGCAGUUUACCUUGGUGCUGUGUUUCAGCUGAAUGAAGGGGACAAACUGUGGACUGAGACCAAUCGACUGACCAAUGUGGAGUCAGAGCAGGGCAAGAACUUUUUCGGUGUGUUUGCACUAUGA